AUGUCAAGUUCGGAGAACGCUGAGCUGGAUCAGCCGUUCCAGCUCUACGAUUUGCGGGUAGCCCUGGCGAAAAUGAAACAUGGCACCGCCCCGGGCAGUUGUCCGCACUGUGCGGACAAGUCUUCGGACAUCUACCACAUGGUGUGGGCCUGCCCAUCUAACCCAGCUAUUGCCCCUCACCCCAAUCCCACUCGGGAGGACAGGGAGAUACGAGCGGUGGCGCACCGCAACAUUUGCAACACCAGCUAUUUUAUUGCCGAAAUUGAAGAAAAGAAGCACUGCCAUUAUCACUACCUGGUAGUGACGCAUGACAAGGCGCACUGCACCUUGGCGGGACCUCCGCGACAAGCCGAGCUCACACUGCCUGGAUUUGCAAUAAAUUGCCACGGCAGUCUGCUGGAAUUUAGCUACGAGGGAUUAGGCUACGAGCUGUUGAUCGUGCUAGUCGAAGGCCUGCUGCUCCUGGCGAUCGUGAUCUUCUGGGCAUCCGGCUACCGGGGUUUUCCAGACUCCUUCGCGCCCAGAGAGUUUCCCGCCGAGGAAGACGUCGAGGAGGAGAAGAGGCGCGUCAAUGCUGCACGGCAGCAAGAAGGGCUCGGAGGCCACUCGCUCCUCGCGUGGAGUCUUCACAAGCGCUACGGCAACUUCCACGCCGUUCGGGGCAUGUACAUGGCGCUGCGGCCCUCCGAGUGCUUCGGCCUGCUCGGCGUGAACGGCGCCGGCAAGACCACCACGUUUCAGAUGCUGGCCGCGCUGAUCAGCGUCUCGUACGGCGACGCCUGCACUGUUGUGGCUAAGCUCAGCGGAAACGUUCGUAAGUGGCAGUCGCAGGUCAGCUACUGCUUCCAGCUCGGAGGCCUACUGGACAGGCUGAAUGCGUACGAGUACCUGUACCUGGUCGGCCGACUGCGAGGCAUCCCUGAAAGCGAAUUGAAGCCCAUGGUGGACAGCGUCAUAUCGGUUGUUGACCUCGACGAGCACGCCUCGAAGGAGUGCGGCGUGUACAGCGGAGGCAACCGCCGAAAGUUGUCCAUCGGAGCCGCUCUGCUGGGACUGCAGCCAUUCGUUUUUCUGGACGAGCCGUACGCGGGGGUGGACGUCGUGUCCAGAAACAAGAUCUUCCGAGCCAUCGCGGAGAUUAAGAAAUGCGCGCAGACUACCUUCAUACUUACGUCACACAACAUGGACGAAUGCGAGUUUUCAUGCGACCGGAUCACCAUCAUGGUCAACGGCCAAGCGACGUGUCUGGGCACACUGCAGCGCCUGCGAGAAAAGUUCGGCCAGGGCUACCGACUCGAGUUCCUGCUCAAGCACACGGCUGCGGCAGACGCGCCCAAGCUCAAGAAAGCUGUGGCAGAAGUCUUCCCCACAGCCCAGCUCAAGGACGACAACAAGAAUCUGCUCGGCUACCACCUGAUGGAGCGAAUGCCUUGGAGCAAGCUGUUCACCAAGGUGGGGCGACUCCAGCAAAAUUUCCCGUUUGAACACGUCCUGGUCGGGGAGAACACCCUCGAAGACAUCUUCUUGAACUUUGCGAGAUUGCAGGGAUCUCCCUAUCUUCCUGGCGGUUUCGCUUAACUAGACGUUGGUAAGAGAGUGUUGAGCAGCAGGGCCACGUCCAGCUUUUAGACGCAACUCCGGCUGCUGCAAGUUGCUUCGCGAGGCAAGCAAUAAAGGCCUUUCUGACAUGGAA